AUGGUAGUUAUAUUUAGCAAGGUGAAAGGUUCAGUUGAAAAAUCCCAUUCAAUCGGUUUUUCUUUUCAUUCAGCAGGAACGCGUGAAGCAGGCAGCAGUUCGGCUCUCAAGUAUCCGGUGGUCGUGUUCAUCCACGGAGAAAGUUAUGAAUGGAAUUCUGGCAAUCCAUAUGACGGGAGCGUCCUAGCCAGCUAUGGAAGCGUCGUCGUAGUCACAAUUAAUUACCGAUUAGGAAUCCUAGGUUUUUUAAAUGUAAAUACAGAUCCGUACUCCAAAUCGCCAGCAAACUAUGGUCUUAUGGACCAAAUAGCUGCCCUCCAUUGGCUACAAGAGAAUAUUGCCGUAUUUGGGGGUGAUCCUACGAAUGUUACUGUAAUAGGCCAUGGUACUGGUGCUGCAUGCGUAAAUUUUCUGUUAACUUCAAGUGCUGUGCCAGAAGGUGUGUUGUUUCACCGGGCAAUUCUGAUGUCAGGUUCAGCACUAUCUCCUUGGGCCUUGGUACAGGAACCGUCCCGUUAUGCAGCGCAGGUGGCCAUCCACGCAAACUGCUCUCCUGAACUGCCGCAGCCUCAUCUUCUCAAGUGCCUUAGGGAACGGCCGCUGGAUCUCCUAAUGUCCACUCCCGUUCACCCUCCAGACUUUGCAUUUGCCUUCGGACCUAGCGUUGACGGUGUUGUUAUUGACACAGGAGAACCUCCCGAAAGCCCACAUUACACUGAUUUCGAAUCGGUAAUUCCCCGAAAAGAGGAACCGCUAAAUGCCAUUAACAUUUUGGACAACGUUCUUCUAAAAAAGCCCGCUUUAGCAAAGCUAUCCCGGUACGAUCUUCUCUUGGGAAUAGUCAAAGCCGAAGCCUAUUUCGCAUUUAACAGUGAGGAUGACCAAUACGGAAUCGAAGCAGAUAGAAGAUCAAGAAUAUUAAGGACGUUUGUAAGAAACACUUACAGUUAUCACCUCUCAGAAAUUUUAGCAACGAUUGUAAAUGAAUAUACGGAUUGGGAAAGGCCUGUACAACACCCCAUAAAUAUAAGGGAUGAAACCCUCGAAGCCCUGUCUGACGCUCAGUAUGUCGCUCCUGUCAUACAUACUGCCGAUCUACAUUCCACUGAACAUCGGAAUUCCUUCCUGUACGUUUUUGACUAUCAAACGAAAUUUGGUGACUACCCGCAGCGCCAGGGUUGUAUCCACGGCGAAGAGUUACCAUAUCUGUUUGGAGCUCCGUUAGUCGGUGGAUUUAUGCAUUUCGGAAGAAAUUAUACAAAAUCCGAAAUACUGCUCUCCGAAACAACUAUGAUCUAUUGGAGCAACUUCGCGCGAACCGGAAACCCAAAUGAGUCUCCUGAAGCAGACUCGUCAUUUGGAAAUAGACAAGAAAAGGGGCGUCUGAAGAAUAUCGAAUGGACCGCAUACGAAGCUGUUCAUAAAAAAUAUCUUAACUUAGAUACCAAACCGAAACUUAAAAAUCACUACAGGGCUCACCGUUUGUCUUUUUGGUUAAACCUCGUGCCAGAUCUCCACAAACCUGGUGGAGACGACGUGCCCAUGGCCCAUCAUCAGCUGAUAGAUGAUGACCCACCCCGACCAAAGCUCCCCAAUCUCAAUCCCCGCAAGCUAACUACAGAAGCCUCGGUUAUUGACACAGGAAAAGGAGCAACUUCACCAACCAAUAGUUCCACCUUGACAUCACCUGUUUUGGACACGACAGAACGUGUAGAAGAACUCGGGGGUGCUAGUACAACUCCACAUCCGGUAGAAGACGGUUUCGCGGCCUAUUCCACGGCCCUUAGUGUUACAAUCGCGAUAGGGUGUUCGUUGUUAAUUUUGAACGUGUUAAUUUUCGCUGGUGUGUACUACCAAAGAGACAAGUCUCGUAUGAGUGAAGGUGCCAGGCAGCCAAAGAAGCGUAAUGAAAAUGGACAAAUGCCUAAUAAUAUAUGUGGCGAUUUAGAAUCGAGUAUAUUAGGAGUAAAAACUGACCCCGCAACCAUACUUGCUCAUCACCACUCCCAUCACCAACUACCCCCUCCAGAGUUUGCCGAUCUUCCACAAAACAACGCCACACUCCCUAGACCACCACCUCCCCCAAAAAAUUCCAAACCCAAUGUAAAUACAUUCACAGGGAAUCAGCUACACGAAAAUCAACCCCUAUUAUCGCAAAGUAUACAAAUGAUAAAUACCGGGACGUUAACAAAGAAAAACAUUCAUUCGACUAGUAAACACAACACUAUGGAUGAGCUCAGGGUGUGACGGCUCUGUGUAAUAAUUUCUUAAGUGGUGAAGUCUGCAAUAAAAAAAAACUUGGGAUUGCUCAAAUAUUGUUUGUAACGUUUAUCCAUCGAUGGAUAUUUACCCCCGCAGGGAGUAUCAAUGUACUAUGUCACAUCUAUUUUCACGUUUAGUUUAAAUGAACUUGUGGAAAAUGAAUAGAUCGUAUAAUCCCAGACAUUUUCGAACAAAACUAAAUUUCCCAAUUGUCGUUGAUAUAAUUUUUGUGAUAUGAUAUAACUAUAAAUUUUUAACAGGGAAGUACCUAUAUCAGCAUGACAUUAGAUUUGUGGUUUAAAUAUGCACGUAUUUGAACUACUAUGUAAUGUGUCGAUUAUAAAUUUUAAUCAACAGAAGUAUUCGUGAUAAAAAAGAAAAACGGUACUAUUUUUCGGUACCAUUAUCUUAACCUAUUCAAUAUUUAAUAAUUUCUUCAUUUUCAUGGAACCAGUACUUUAUAAAAGUCAAACAGUGGUAAAAGAGGUUCUCCAAAAUCAAUGGAUAGUACAUUUGAACAGUAGAAUUUUUUAUAUUCGAAAUCAGUUAUUAUCAUGCAAAAUGUUAACAUAGAAAUUUUUUAACAAAAUAUAGAUAAGAGUAAAUCAACGUGCGAAUUACGUUUAUGAUUUACGAUUAAUCCAAGUUAUCUUUAAACCACGUAAAAGACAAAAGUGAUAACGAUCAAAAUGAGUUUAAGAAAUACUAUAAUAAAGGUACGUACAGUUGGUGGAAAUACGUAUUCACAACACCAUUAACCUCCAGAGAACAUGUAAUUUAUUUAAAAGAAAACGUUAGACUUCUUUCUAA